AUGCACUUUAGUUCAUUCAAAGUAAUAAUUUACUAUUUAAUCGCAUCCUUAAUUUUGUAUAUUAGUAUAUAUUAUUCAAAACUCUCUACAGAGUAUUAUUCUUUAUCAACUCGCCAAUUGAAUUCGUUGAAACGGGAAAUAGACACACGUUCAUGCAACAAUAAGGAACCGAACAUCAGGCUUUAUAUCGUACCAGAUAGUGUAACUGAAUAUACGCUAGCCAUAAAGAUAUUAAAAGAGGCAUGGACUUCUAUAAAUUCAACGGAUCUUUUGAAUGAUUCGAUCACGACUGAUUUGUCUACACUUAAUGGUUCCAACGUAAAAAGUAUUAAUUGCGUACAGAUUUCAAUAGCAUAUUCAUCAAAAAACUUGGUUCAAGACUCUAAACUUCCUGGAUUGCACGGAAAUUACUACAUUUUCCUUCAAAAAUCGAAUUAUUUUGAUAAUGAAAAUGACUCUAAAUUCCUAUUGGAAAUUUCUGAUCCUGGAAUCCAUGUUAUGCUUUAUGGACUUAAAAGUGAUGAAAAUAUGAUUGCAGGAAUAAUUUGGAAUAUCGCACAAAAGUCAUUUUUUGGACCGCAUUCUAAAUUUUCUGACGAUGGAUCAAAAAUUUCAAAUGCCAUGUCUGCAUUACCAUUCCAUAGCCAAUACGAUUUCAAUUUUAUAUUGACAACGGAUAAUAAUUUUAGGCCAUCCUGGAAUUUUCAUUCCCAAGUUUUACCAAUAAUAAGACCAACCCUUGAUGCAUUUUCAACGAUAUCGCAUAUAAAUAUACAAUCUCAGAUUAUAGGCUCAACUGGGAUUUUGAGUUGUUCUGAAAAAUCACAAGAUUAUACCAUUAUAAACGUCAAAAAUGAGUGCUUAUAUAGCAAACUAGAUAAACUUUUGCCUAGAGGAGUUAUAUCAAAAGCUUCACAUUUUGCUCCACCUGAAAUAAAUUUCAUUGCGUAUAUUAAUGAUUUAAAUCUUGUGUUCCAGGAUGGAAAUAAGUUUGAUAAUGCUAUUUCAAUUAGAAAUUGGGGGUUUAUAUCAACAUUAAUGGUCCAUGAACCAAACAAAUUUUAUAAACUUUCUGAUUUGGAAGUUAAACAUUUGUCUGGACAAUGGUUUACUCACCUUAGGAUAUCAUUUGGAUUACCAUUACACCUUUUAGAAUAUGCAUCUAUAACUAAAAUAGAUAACCCUAAUAUUAUUUAUUUGAAAAAACUUCAAAAUUUAACCUUCCUAGUCAAGGCAUUCGAGUUUGAAGCAUGGGAUACAUUUACCAAUUUCGAAUAUAAUUCACUAGCAGCAAAAGCGUUGGAUGAAUAUAUUAAUUCUACGACCUCCAAUCUCUCAUACCUUGUGUCGAUAUCCAAACUUCACUUUAGAAUGCAAGUUCCCCAACGUAUUAGAAUGGGAUUUAAGGAAUGCAUAUCACUUUUGAGGUGUUCCAUAUCAACCCUUAAUGGCGAAACAUGUGGAGAUUUGACUGAUUAUAGAAAUUUACUACUACGACUUAGAUUUAUAAGCAAAGAUGUAGACCAUGAACCCCUAAUUAAUGUGUCAUUGGGGCUAGCCCGCCAAGCAUAUGAGGUGUCUAAGAACCUAUUGUCGGACGAUUCUAUGGGUCUAAUAAACUACACUUAUUCUCAAAGUACUUUAAUAUUUUUAAUGUUUGGAGUGUUUCCUUUUUUAUCUACACAAAUAGCAACCAUAAUAAAAUUAAUCAAAAAGAAGAUAAAAAAUUGA